AUGGGGGAAGUAAUCGUCCAAGCAUCCAGGCCCUUACCGCCACUGGGAGCCAGCGAUAAGGUCGACAACAUUGCAGACACCGACAGCCAAGUGUCGUCCGAAGCACCCGUUCCGAUCUUAGAACCUGCUCCUCGUCACUCGAGCGCGAGUCCUCCCGAUGCACACACUGAGGAUGGCACCACAUAUGUUUACCUGACCUUUGACACUCACAUCCCAUUCGAUGAGUUCUCGUCUGGCACGUCCUCAAUACCUCCGCCAAAUCUCAAAAAAUAUGAAUCACCACUCACCUGGUCCGCCACGCAUAAGACCAUUAUCUUGAUAUUGUCAUGUGGCUGUACCUUUCUUGCUGCGUACAGUGCGGGUUCCUAUUCGAUUGCUGCGGGGCCUCAGCGCGAGAAAUGGCACCUGUCUGGGGUCGCCUUCGAAACCGGUGUCACGACAUGGGCGACAGGCUUCGCGGUGUCUCCAAUGUUUCUUGCGCCAUUUUCAGAAAUCAAUGGUCGGCGGCCUGUCUUCAUUGGUUCCGCGGUCAUGUUCCUGGCGGGACUGAUUGCUUGUGCGACCACCCCGUCUUUCAGUGGCAUGCUGGUGGCUCGAUUCUUCGUCGGGGCCGGGGCCAGCACCUUUGCGACUAUGGUUGGGGGUGUCAUGUCUGACUUGUACCAUGCUGAACAUCGGAACACGCCAAUGGCCAUAUACAGUGGCGCCGCACUCGCAGGCACUGGUAUGGGGCCGCUCCUAUCCGGUUUUAUUGUUGGUCGCGCCAGCUUUCGCUGGGUCUAUUAUCACCAGAUCAUAUCACUGGCGAUCAUGCUGGUCGUGGUGUAUCUUUUCUUCAAGGAGACGCGCGGUUCAGUGCUGCUCAGCCGCCGGGCCAAGGUAUUGAAUGCGUACCUCGAUGAGAUCGAAAAUGAGUCGGCCAACACGUCUGAUGAGAAGCAAAGCGACCGAGUCCGCGUCCGUUACAGAGUUGCAGCGGAUGAGAGUCGAACCUCGAUUGGCCGCAUGUUGUACCUGUCACUGACCAUCCCUUUCAAGCUGCUCACCACAGAACCCGUCGUGUUCUUCUUUUCACUGUGGGUCGCCUUUGCCUGGGCCCUGCUGUACAUGACAUUCUCUGUUAUCCCCUUGGUGUUUCAAACCCGCCACAAUUUCAACGUCGAGCAGAGUGGAGGAGUCUUUGCUGCCAUUUCCAUUGGGUCCGUCCUGGCGACCGUGUUGUCGAUAUACCAGGAGAAGCUGGCAAAGAGGAGAUGGCCCAAACUCAACAGCAGUCCGGAAGGAAGACUGUACUUCCCCUGUCUUGAGGGGGCGCUUCUGCCGAUUGGCCUGUUCUGGUUCGGAUGGACGACGUAUUCCUCUAUCCCUUGGAUAUCACCAGUCCUCGCCAUUGGGUGUGCACAGAUGGGUAUCUUUGUCAUUUACCUCGCGGUCUUCAACUAUCUGGCCGACGUCUACCACCGUUACGCGUCGUCGGCACUGGCGGCCCAGAGCUUCAUGCGAAAUAUCUUUGCGGCGGUCUUCCCGCUCUUCACGAACCAGAUGUUCACCAAUCUGGAUUACCCACCCGCUGCCAGUCUGUUGGGAGGCAUUGCCGCUCUGUUGACGUUGGUGCCCUGGGUGCUGCUCUUCAACGGUGAGAAGAUUCGUGCGCGCAGUAGAAUUGCGAGAGAGAUCAUGUCGACGCAAGGAUCUUGA